GCUUAAUUGUUGAAUUAUUUUUUUUUUUUUAAGUGGUUUCGUAAAAUAUUUUUAUGAAUUAAUUUUUUGCCACUGUUCGCACAGAAGCCAAAUGACACGUGUGUUUUGAAACACAGUUCCAAAUAUAUCCAUCCCGCAACCCGGAUUGUCGCCAGAAAGACGGAGGGAGAUCAUCAGUGUCUAAACAAAUCUGAUUUUACUGUUUUACGAACAUUAUCUGUUGUUAUAUUCUAGCAACGUUAUGUUGCUAUAGAUUGCUUUAUAACGGUUCAGCAGGAAGGGAGAUUUCCCACCUUGCAGGACCCAGGAAACUGGAUACUUAGUGUCACUUAAAUGUUUUAACAGCAUUGGAAAAUGGGAGCUGCUACUAAGUUGGCGUUCGCUGUUUUUCUUAUCUCUUGUUCUUCAGGUGCCAUACUUGGCAGAUCAGAAACACAAGAGUGUAUCUACUACAACGCUAAUUGGGAAAAAGAUAAAACAAAUCGCAGUGGUAUUGAACCUUGUUAUGGUGAUAAAGAUAAAAGACGACACUGUUUUGCUACAUGGAAGAAUAUUUCUGGAUCAAUUGAAAUUGUGAAGCAAGGUUGCUGGCUAGAUGACAUCAAUUGUUAUGACAGGAAUGAUUGCAUAGAGAAGAAAGACAGCCCUGAAGUGUUUUUCUGUUGCUGUGAAGGCAACAUGUGUAAUGAACGCUUUUUCUAUUUUCCAGAAAUGGAGAUCACACAACCAACUUCCAAUCCUGUUACACCUAAGCCACCUCUGUUCAAUACCUUGCUUUAUUCAUUGGUGCCUAUAAUGGGAAUUGCAGUGAUUGUGCUCUUUUCAUUUUGGAUGUAUAGACAUCACAAACUGGCAUAUCCUCCAGUACUCGUUCCAACCCAGCACGCCUUUCAUAUAAUGAUUGAGGAUCCUGGACCACCACCACCUUCACCGUUGAUGGGUUUGAAGCCGUUGCAGCUACUAGAGAUCAAAGCUAGGGGAAGAUUUGGUUGCGUAUGGAAAGCUCAACUACUAAAUGAGUAUGUUGCGGUCAAAAUAUUCCCUAUUCAGGACAAACAGUCAUGGCAGAAUGAAUAUGAAAUUUACAGUUUACCUGGGAUGAAGCAUGACAAUAUUUUGCAGUUCAUUGGCGCAGAGAAGCGAGGCACUAGCAUUGACGUUGAUCUCUGGUUAAUUACAGCAUUUCAUGAGAAGGGUUCAUUAACAGACUUUCUCAAGGCUAACGUGGUUUCUUGGAACGAGCUCUGUCACAUAGCUCAGACGAUGGCUAGAGGCUUGGCUUAUCUUCAUGAGGAUAUACCAGGGCUAAAAGAUGGACAUAAGCCUGCCAUCUCACAUAGGGACAUCAAAAGCAAGAAUGUGCUGCUGAAAAAUAAUCUUACAGCUUGUAUUGCUGAUUUCGGUCUAGCUUUAAAGUUUGAGGCUGGAAAGUCUGCAGGGGAUACACAUGGACAGGUUGGUACACGAAGGUAUAUGGCUCCUGAGGUACUCGAAGGGGCUAUAAACUUCCAAAGGGAUGCAUUUUUGAGAAUAGAUAUGUAUGCCAUGGGAUUAGUCCUCUGGGAAUUGGCAUCACGCUGUACCGCCUCAGAUGGCCCAGUAGAUGAGUACAUGUUGCCAUUUGAAGAAGAAAUUGGCCAGCAUCCCUCCCUCGAAGACAUGCAGGAAGUUGUAGUUCAUAAAAAGAAGAGACCUGUUUUAAGAGAGUGCUGGCAAAAACAUGCUGGAAUGGCAAUGCUUUGUGAAACCAUAGAGGAAUGCUGGGAUCAUGAUGCGGAAGCCAGGUUGUCAGCGGGCUGCGUAGAAGAACGGAUUAUUCAGAUGCAAAAAUUAACUAACAUUAUAACAACAGAGGAUAUUGUGACUGUGGUCACAAUGGUGACAAACGUUGACUUUCCUCCCAAAGAAUCCAGUCUAUGAUAGAUAGUUGCACUGGUCACGGAACUGGCCACCGGACUCUUCACUGGAGCUGCUAAAGCUAAGGGGACUGCUCGCAUCAUUACUGAUUGCUGCGUGAGAAGAAUGGUAAGUCUCUCUGGAACAGCAUUAAGAGGUGUUUUUCCUUUAUUUUCUCCUUCCUCCUCCCAAACACGGAUCCCCGAGACUUUCUGCAUUCCCUGCAUACACCUGAAAGACACAUGACUGAGAAAUGGUGACGUGCGGUUAAGGAGCUUACAUGAAGAAUACAGACCUGUUCUGGCUAAUCAAGCAUUUUAAAAACUGACGCCCAAUUUCUUAAUACCUGUCAGAAGAGACUAAUUCCUUAAAUGAACUACUGUUAUUUUUUUUAAAUCAAACAUUUCAUUUCAGAUUUAAAAAAAAAGGGUAACUUGUUUUUAUUGCAUUUGCUGUUGUUUAUAAAAAUGACUAUUGUAAUGCGACUAUGACACAGCUUGUGAAUGUUUAGUGUGCUGCUGUUCUGUGUACAUAAACAAAAGUAAUCAAGUGGGUUAUAGCAAAGAGGCUUCCAAGUAUUACUUAACCUCCCUCAACAAGGUAUACCUCAGUUCCACCUCUGCUAAAUUAUGAGAUUGACAACACUAACAAAAUUUGAAUAAAUCGAUCCGUGUUUUGUAAAUGAUGUAUUGCAAAUUCACUGUGUUAUUUAAAAAGGGUAAGCUAUGCUUCGUGCCGAUAGUAAAUGGCCAUUCCUAAAGCAGUGUUUUAGCCUUUCCUUGUACUAGCUUGUUGUGUAUAAAAAAAAAAAAAAAAGUGCUGUUUAUUGAACCGAAAUUUUCCUUCCUCUUUUAGUUUAAAGCUUUUCUCUUACCUCCGCUUCCCAGAGUAUCUCACGCAUUUAUUUAACUGAAUACUAUUUAGGUUUGCUGUGUCUGAGGAAUAUUUGAAAACUUAAGCAUGACUUUUUUAAUUUUCUGUGAGCUGUGACACUGGAAAGCUCUGAAUUCUUGUUCUUUUUUUAAAAAAGUCUUUUUCCUAUUUAUGUUUGUGACAAGGUCUGCAUAGCGUGUUUUCUGUUUCACUAAACAGUAUGCAGUGGGUUCUGUAUCGCUGUUUCAGGAUCACCUCAGGAAGCUCAGUUAUCCCAAAUUCCUUACUCUCUGCUUUGAGAUCUCCUUAACACUUGGUGCCAUCUUAUCAGAGUGCGACUCUAUGUCUGUGAGGUGCAGGUUUGUCCUGGAGUCACGCAAAAAAUGCUAGCCACGGGUUUCAGAUUAUGAAUGCUUACAAAUUUCAGGGAUAAUUUAGCUACAACUUAAAAUAGAGUGACUAUUUAGAGGUAACGAAUACCAGUGUCCAUAGCAUAGACUCUCAAAAAAUGAGGAAAACCCAAUGAAAUUGCUUUCACAACUCUAACAUUCUUUUUGACUUUAGGAAGUUGGGCCUUACAUUGAAAUUGCAAAGCAACUGGUAGGUUGGUAGGUGCCAAAGUGCUUCUCAGUUGUUUGACUACACUUAUUUGAUCCCUUACACAAACUUCCAAGUAAAAUAAGCUUUAUAAACCUCUAGAGUGCAGAACCAACAAGAGCUGAUAGUGUGCUGUGUGUUCCCUCAGUGUUUUCUUUGUUUUUACAUCGUGUGUUCAGCGUCUUUUGAAAGAAGCUGCUAAUGCUGCAGUGAGGAGCUCACUGGGAAUGCUGUUGUGAAAACUGAUCCAUGCAGCCACAGGUACUCUGUUUUACAAGUACGCAAACUGACCUUCUAGGAACAGUAAGAAACUUUAUGGAUAAACAGGACCUAGGGCAGUGUUGCUGGUGGCAGGGAGGGGAGAAGGGUGCAGCAGUGCUGCCUGCCUGGCCUGUGCUGUCCUGCAGCAGGGGAACCGUGCUCUGAAGGGUCCUUGGUACCAGUGGGUGCUAGCUAGUUGGUGGUGCUCAGCUUGGCUGUAAGAAGAAAUGAACCUAGUUUGUGGCCACUUCUUAGAUUGAUGCUUUCCUUUAGCUUCCAUUUUUAAUCCAGGGAUGUUACUUUACGCACACAGUAGGAGAUGAACGUAGCUGCUGAGUUCUGAACAAGUAAGAACCCAUUCAUAUGUUGCUGGUGCUCCCAAUGAGUUGUAACCCCUUCACUCGCAAAACUGGAGUCAAUGCAGGUGGUUUAAUAAUAUGUGAUUCAAGCUCCGAUGCAAAAAUUGGUUGGGUAUAAAACAUCCAUCAUCUGUGAUGCCACCCCUCAAACUUCAGCAGCUGCGGGUGCUCGCAGCAGACAUGGUGGGGACUGGGCUGUGCUCCCUCACAUGGCAAACAAGGCAGCAGGAGAACCGAGACAACUUGUCUUUGCAUUUUAAAACUGCUUUUGGUUCUUCCUAGUUAAAUGCUGUGCUGCUCCCAGGUUCCUGGGUUUUAACAGUGUAAUUCAGUGUCACUGUGAAAAGGGUGUUCAUAGUGUAAAAGCUUUUAUCAUGAUUGGUAAAAAUAAUCAAUGUCCCCAGAGCUGUUGUGUGCAGCUGCUUGCACAGGAGCCCAUGGCACUGUGCAGGUGUCGAGGAGGGCAGGGUUUGGUAAGGUUGGUGCCAGUGGUGUGCCUGGUGUGACAGGCAGUGGCCAUUGUCCCUUGAGGUCCUGUGGCCAUGAGCUCCUGAGGGUCACCAGGUCCUGUGGCUGGUGAGGAGCAGCUUGUCUCUUGUGCAUAGCAUUAAGCCACAUGUCCUGAAACCUCGACCCAGACCUACUGCCAUCCUGGCCUACCUGGAAGCUUCAGCCCUGCACAACUCUUCAUGUCACAUUACAGGGCAAGAUGCUUCUGUACCACGCCCUGCAUGAAUUUGUACUAUAGCAUUUCAGAGCAGAGCUCAUGCCCUAGUUGUUGUUGAAGUAGAGCUGUUGCUGGUGGUGCUAUUCCAAACCAUACCUUGAGGAGUGGAAUCCACCACUGUGCUCCUGCCAGUUGAAACUGUAGAAGGUUGGUGUGGUUUUCAAAUGCCAACUUCGGGUGUGUGAACACUAAAUUGUGACCAGUCAUCAGCCUUCUCCUGGUCCGAGUGGCAUUUGACAGGACAGCCAGGGUUGCUAGUUUGCUCUUUCUCCAGCUUCUCUUUAACCUUUUUUAAUGGAUUUCCUUUCAUUAGGAACACUUGGUACAAAGUGCAGAAAGCUGCAAUAUAUGUUCCUGGGCAAAAUGAUUGACGUAGCAUCCUUGAUGGAACAUCAUUUACCUCAGAUACUCAACCAGCAGUACUUCUCUUUUUGGUUUUUGUUUUUUUUUUUUUUUUUUUUUGGUUUGUUUUUGUUUUCCUUUUAUUUUCUAAUGCCGUUUCAGUCCAUAUACUAUUCGUUACCUCUUGAGAUUUUGGUAAGCAAUUAUUUUAACUUUACUCUUUGUAUUUGUCAGUGUUUUGGGCACAGGUUGUUGUACUACUGUCAAAAGGUACUUGCUGUUUUUCUGCAAGUACUAAAAACAAACCAACCCCCCCUCGCCCCUCAAUAAAGUGAUUGUUAAAUAUUGUACAAAUAAAAAUGUAUACUCUUUCUCCCCCAUUCCCUAAAAAAGUUAAAAUAAAAAAUGUGACUACUAUGA